AGAAGAGACCUGCUGAGCUUCUCCAGGAGUACAAGUCAACUACCAACACCAAAUAAUCAACCAACCAACCAAUCUAUCAAUCAAACAAUCCACCCUACUGCUACCCUCCCAACCCAACAUCCCAACACUCCCCACCUUCCGAUCAAAAUUGGUUGGUUCCCCAAAGCAUCACAAGAAAAUGAUGAAGACAAAGAGCCAACGAUAACAACAACAACAAUCACCAAAGUGUUA